AUGAUCAUGAGCUCUUAUUUGAUGGACUCUAACUACAUCGAUCCGAAAUUUCCUCCAUGCGAGGAAUAUUCGCAAAAUAAUUACAUCCCAGACCACAGUCCGGAGUAUUAUAGCCGGGGCAGGGAGCCCAGCUACCAGCACCACCCGGAGCUGUACCCGGUACCGCGACCCUCCUUCCCCGACCGGCCCUUCGGCUGCGGGGGGCUCCAGGCACCCGGGAACCCGCCACGCUCCAAAGGGGAAGCUCCAGGAGGGCAGCACCUCUCAGAGAAAGCGCAGCAGCUCUGCGAGCAAGCUGCCCUGUCCUCCUCCUCCUCCACCACUCCUUCCCCAGCCCCUCCAGCCUGCAGCCAGCCAAACCCCGAGCAUCCCACCAGCACAGCUUCCAAACAGCCCAUAGUCUAUCCCUGGAUGAAAAAAAUCCACGUCAGUACUGUGAAUCCCAAUUACAAUGGAGGCGAACCCAAGAGAUCCAGGACAGCCUACACCAGGCAGCAGGUUUUGGAGCUGGAGAAGGAGUUUCACUAUAACAGGUACCUGACCCGGCGGCGGCGCAUCGAGAUCGCCCAUUCGCUUUGCCUCUCCGAGCGGCAGAUCAAAAUCUGGUUUCAGAACAGGAGGAUGAAAU